CAUGUCGGGAGUGUGUUCUUUGUGUGAAAUGACUUUUGGCUUUACGUAAUUGUUAUUAUUGUGUGAAAUGGACGCCCAUCUGUAUAACACUGUUGUCAAUUUGUAUGUAAAGAAAAAAGUACAGUCUAAGGCGAUCAAUCUAGAGUCACUGAAUAACAUCACCCAGCAGUCAACAAACAAUAACAAUUCAACCACCAACGAUGAAGAACUGGGCGCGGUUUCAGCUCCAAUACAGGAGACCGUGGCGCCACCUGACUCACAUCCUCAAACAUCAACGGAACAGCAGUCAUUCCAUAUAAACGCUUCAGUGGUUGGGGACGAGUAUCUCCCGGGUGCAACAUCACUGCAGACACAUUCAUUGAAGUUCCCUGUGGAAAGAGAAGUGAUUCUUCAAAAAACAGGCAACAAACAAUGCAAAAUACCAAAUUUAAAUGAAUAUAUGAGAAGAGCAAAGACGUCAGUCGCUCCCGAUGCCCCGCCUAAACAGAUUGCUUGGGUACAACAGCUAAGGAACGGUGAAAAUGUCAAUGGAAAACCAAGUACAUUGGACAAUGUUUUCAGUAAACACGUCACAUAUAAGGCUCAACCAAGAACGCUUUAUGAUUCAAGCAAAGAAAACGAUCAGAGUUCAUCAAUCCAAUCUAAUUCACCUCAACAUGCUAUCUUUUAUAGUGAAAUCGGUCUUGCAACUUCCACACCUGAAGAAGCCCCAAGAGCACUCAAAACUUACCAGAACCUUAAAGAAAUGAUAUCGAAUCGAUUUAGCAAGAUAACGACUAUGCAACCAAGCCAGGCAGCCUCGCAGUCUUCAGUUUCACCUGAAUCAACACUAAGCCCUCAAUCUCAACUGCGGCAGCAUGGCGUUUACCUGGCGAACACAACACCACAAACUCAAACUGAGCACAGGGAAUUCCAUCCAAGGACCUUUGAUUCCAGUCAACCAAACCAAAGUCCCAAACCAAUUUUUAAACAACCACAAUAUAUGCAUAAUAACCAACAUGGUAAAUUUCCAUACCAAGGUAUUGUCGAGACACCUGUUAUCAAGCGGUCUUAUCCUCCCGCAGAGCCUGGGGUCAAACAGGCCCCGUACCCAUCAAAUCAAAAUUGGGGUUGGAACAAUAAUGAUCAAAAGACGCCACAGCCAAAUUUUAAUCAGGAUAAAUUACCGAGGGUGACAGAAUAUGACCUUGAGCAAGGAUAUGCACAUUACCCUCAGCCUCCUGCAAGAAUGCCAUCAGGACAGCCUUACAGGCCACCCUUACAAACUCCACCAUCUGUACAUAUGGCCAAACCACAUCAAUCGGACCUCAAGUUAUCACAAACCGACGUUAUCGUUCAUCCUCCACCUUGUGAAACAAUGGAGCGGAAACAUCCUCUUGAACAAUUUACGUUAGCUAAGCCCACUAUGUCUGAGCAGAAUAAAGAAGAUGAACCUCAACAAGAAACUAAUCACAUAAAUAAAGAAUAUUCUGAUGAAAAAGGUAAAUGUAGAUCGAGUGAUUCAGGAAGAGGAAGUACUGCAUAUUCCAGUGUAAAAACUAGUACUGAAGAUACUUCAUUGCCUGCUGCAGAUCUCAGCCCUCAUUGGCCGGACAGAGUGGAAUCGGAAUUGAGAGAAAUACUUCGCUCUCCGAAUGAUGAUGCAGCCGACGGAGGUUUAGAUCCAACGAUAAAAGAAGAUUCAAGUGAAAGCUUCUCUUCAGUGUCGCCCCCUUUGCCGCCACUUUCCCCUAGAUCUUCUGAUGAUACUUACGGUCGCCCAAGGCUUACAAACGGUUACAAAGGAAAAGGAGGUGGUACGCUUUGGAGUGGGAGGCAUAAAGAUAAAAGAUCUCAUAAAUCAAAAUCGUCAAAAUUAACUUCUUCAGCUUUUGAUAUUGAUUCAAUGCCAGAAGAGAACAAUUCAAGCGAAGAUGGUUUAGACUAUACAGAUGCCAGGGCGAUAAGGAAGCAAUUGGAAGGCUUGGAGACAAUGUACGCUCAUGUUCUUAAACUUCUUGGUGUUAAGAAGCAUGCGAUGGGAAAGUAUGAAGCUUCAGAUCCACGUCUUAAUAAAAGAAGAAGUUGUGGUUCAAUAUCAUCAGCCCCAAGCUCUCUUAGUGGUCGAAUAAUACGAGUUACGGAUAGGAGGGGUGGUGUUCAUCGCACAGGGAAAGUAAGAGACAUGAAAAGUAUUAAUAAAAGGUUUCAGAGACUCGAGUCUCACGUGGUAACAUUAGCUAGGUCUGUGGCACAUCUUUCUUCUGAAAUGAGAACUCAGCAUAUCAUGAUGCAAGAAAUGGAAAUGAUGAGGGGUGAACUAGCUGCUUUAAGGAUUCACACAACUACGCAGCAAACAGCACAGAAUUUAAUGUCCCCGUCUACAUCCCAUGGGGUGAAUCAAAAAAGCCAAAAUUCUUCAACUCCAGACAGGGUCAAGCGGCUCACAAAGUUUUUCGGUGACGAGCCACCAUUGCUUAGAUUGUUUCUACGUAAACUGGGAUAUGAGAAAUACGCGACGCUGUUCGAAAAAGAAAGGAUUGGCCUGCUAGAGCUACCUUUCAUGACAGAAGAAAGGCUGCAGAAACUGGGGAUACCUUUAGGUCCGAGGCUGAGAAUUCUUCAGCAAGCACAUCUCGCUUCACCCAACACCCUCUGUGUUCUUUGAUGUCCUUAUUCUUUGUUUAAAAUAACAUUUACCAUAAAGCUCAACAAAAAUAUUGAAACAAUAACAACCAAAGUGAACUACACAAAAAUGUCAAAUUUGUAUAUUGCAGAAAAUCAAACUUACACUUCUAGAAUUAUUUUAAUUAUAAUAUACAUUUUUUUAAAUAUAUUGUUCUGGAAACUAAAUAACAUAUUUU